AUGUCACCAACUUUAGUCAAAAGCUUUGUGGUCUUCGCGUUUCUUGCGCUUGUAAGUGCACGCGAUGACAAGUGUACCACUGUCGCUAAAGGUGACUUAAACCAUAUUCCGGUCCAGCUGCCACGUCUCAACCUGCCACCAUAUCAGCAAAAAUGGGAUUUAUCAAUUUCACAACCGUGCGACGUCGUGGGUAUGAUGAUGAAAGUUUGCGACCCUGACUCUCCUCCAGUCCCCACCUUGGACGUACUGAGCACGAAUGAAGUCAUCGUCACUCGCAACGGUAACCCGAUACAGCACAGUGCCACGGUAGAUACCACCGUGUUCUGCAAAUUCGACACUCAUCAAGUCGGCAGCGUCAGGGCUGUGCCCCUCAGAGUAUGA